CACACCAACUUUUUCCCCAAUAAUUAUGAAAUCUUGCAGAUGAUCGACAUACCUAGCACCGUACCUUAUUGUAUACCCGAAAUUUACUUUCUACCUUUUCUCUUCACGCCAUAUUCCAAUGUGCAACAUGAGGGGAUGGUAAUGGUGCCUUUUUUAUAUCACCUACCUUUGCUAUGAUAAGAAAUUGAAACGGAUUGAUUAGACGGACUCGAAAAAGUCAGAGCAUAGGAUCAGAAACCCCGCGUCUGACCAAAAAAAAAGCUCAGAGGCAUGACAGAAAAGCUUGAUAAAGCAUCUCCUAACGGCAUUAUCUGCUAGAGCUAUCAAUGAAGGAGGCAAGAUGUCUUCUGGGUAUUAUAUUCCCAUGUCAGUUUCUAUCUCUCCUCCACUAACAAAUAUAUAUUGCAGUUCACUCAAGGACCUUACGAAAGCCAUCAAAACUUCGGCAACAACUUCUACCCGAUUACCACUUCCCGAUGAUCUUGUGCGAGCUAUUCACUCUUAUCCUGAAAAGAAUCCUACCCACGAUGAAGCCGACUCCAGCAAACUACAGGAAGACCUGCUCUCCAUCUAUGAAAACGACAUCGCCGACCACCCUACCCGCUAUGCCUUCUUCCUAUCCAUAUUGCGAAAACUCAGAACUUCAAUCAAAGGGGGUGGCAGAAUGUUGCAAUGGUGGGAUAAACUAUGUAUACCAGUAUUGAGUCAUCUUGGAGAAGAGAAGGGAUUGGCUUUGGAAGCUAGGAAUACUCUGCUGGAUAUUCUCAUUUAUGAUGAAGACGAAGGACAUAUCGAGGAUGCGAUCACUACUUCGGACACGGUGGCAGAAAACCUAGUCGCAAUUUGGUUGGCAAAGAGUAACAGUGGCGUCAUACUUGAUGAGAAUGCGAGAUUUAUUGAGAGUCAAUUAAGGGGUAUACUAAUAUCAUUCGGGAGGAAGAGACCAAAGGUAUGUAAAUACAUCACUCAAUCUGAGGAUGGGGAUGGAGCACUAAGGAAUUACAGAACUUCUUGACUGUCAUCAACCGAUACUUCGUGAAGAAAGACAGCCGAAUUCUUACCCUUUCGUUGCUUUGCGAGUUUAUCCGACAUCAACCCCCUCAUUUACAUCAAUUGCUUCAGACCCCUCUCUUCGAAAACCUUCUACGAUGUUUACAAAUAGAUACUUCGACUCGAGUGGUGUCAUUGGCUAUGACAGCUUUGAUUAUGUUCUUACCACAUGUUCCAAGCUCCCUUCCAAAACAUCUCCCUGCUCUUUUCAAUAUUUAUAGUAGGAUGCUUUUCUGGGAUAGGGAACGAAAGUACGAAGAUCAUCCACCGUCUGAUGACCGAGAUGAUAAAAGUACUCAUAGUACAAGCUCUUGGACCAAAUUAUCUUACCUCCUGGAUUCGGAAGAUGUAUCAGUUCCUGAAUUGUUACAUUAUUACACAUUUCUUUACGGCCUUUAUCCCAUGAAUUUCAUGAGUUAUAUCCGAAAGCCUCAAAAGUUUUUGAGACAUCAGGGAUUUCCAGGAGCUAAUGAACUUGCAGUUGAACCUAUGGAAAUUAGACACAGAUCUGAACCUUUCAGACAGGUCCAUCUCUUACAUCCGAAUUUCUUCACAAUGACUAUUGAUCAAGAAUUAUCGGAUACUAAUCGAUGGAUGAAAAGUGAAGCAUCGGAUGUUGUUACUGAAUGCAUGGCACUAUACAUUCCAGGAUAUGCUCAACAAGCCCCAUUAUCAAGAUCACAACUACCAAAUUUACAUGUUGACACUAAUCCUGACGUUCCAGAUCAACCACUCACUGAAAACCACGCAACUACGCCCGCUCAAUCUCGACACACGAGUUGGAGAUAUGCUGCACCAGCUAGCAUGGCAUCACCAGAAGGACUCCGAAAUUCGUUACUAAGAAGAGCUUCAUUCACAAGUCAAUCAAUGCCUUCAAUUGCGGAUUCUCCUGUCUUAAGAGCCGAAAAACGAUUUGAUAGUCCUACAUUCUCUCCAUUCAUGGCUACAUCACCUUCGCAUACUCAGUUACAAGAUUUGUUGGAUUCUCAACGAGCUGUAUCGAUUCGGAGUGGGAUUUAUCAGACGUUGACCAAUGAAAGUGUACAAUCUCUCGCAUUGAGUCAUCAUGCCCAAGAUAACAAUUCUCAUGUUGAUUCAUAUCUGCAAACACUUGCCCGAGCACAUGCUUCCCCUCGUUCGCCGUCUUUGAGACCUGGGACAAAUGAUUCGACCAAAAUUGCAUACUUACAACGCGAUAUUAUGUUAUUGAGGAAUGAUUUAAAUUUUGAACGUUAUCUCAAACAGCAACAUCUAACUCAUAUUGGUCAACUCCGCCGAAAAGCCAUCCGUGAAGCCCGAGUUGAAGCCGAAACUCAGAAUUUAAUUAACUCGAAUAAAAUUUUAAAAGCAAAAUUGGAAGAUGCCAAGAAAACUAUUGUACAAAUGAAAACGGAAUCCGAUAAAAGUCGAAAUCACUCCAGGAAAUGGGAAUCAGAUUUGACAGCCAAGUUGAGACUAUUGAAAGAAGAACAAAAGAAGUGGACCCUUGAAGGGGAUCAAUUGAAGCGUGAUUUGGCGGCGUCAAAAAUUGACAUGCACAAUCUAAGACAAUUGGUCGUUCAGGCCGAAUACAAAGUUGUCCAUUCUACACAAGAGAUACAAGUGGUGGAGUCAAAUAAAGAAGAACUGGGAAGAUUACGCAUCGAGGUCGAAAAGCUUACUACUAAGUUACGAAAUUAUGAAGCUCGAGAGGUUGAAAUGGACAAGGCGAAACAGGACGAAGAGCAAGCUCACAAUGCAAUUGAACUCCUCAAUAUGAAAUUGAAGGCUAAAGAUGCGGAAAUCCAACAAUUGAUUGUUCAAUUCCAACGUGAAAUUGAAGAAGCACAAAACGCCAAACAGCUUAGCUCUACACAAUUGGAUCCUGCAAAGCAAAAGGUCAUUGAUGAGGCUUUGGCUGGAUCACGAAGGCGUAUGGAGGAUAUGCAGAAAGCUCAUUCUAAUCUUCUAAAACGAUUUACUACUUUACAACAAGAACAUCUCGAAUUACUCACGACACGAGACAAAGUGUCUGAUUUACCCGAGAGUAUUGAUGGAUCAUCUGGAGCACGGAUUCCUCAAAAAGAUCAUCGUCGCUUAGCUCACAGUUAUUCUGAUUCAGGCAGACCCGGAAGUCUUAUACCUAGUGCUGCAUUUCCACUUACGGGUACAUCAAGUUUCAUUGCUCGCCCUAGGAUAGAUACACACAGUCCAACAUCAGGUCAUGCAUUCAGAUCAUCACCCACGAGCACUCCUGCAAGUCCUGAUCUCUAUGGGGGUAGGUUUUCCCAUUCCAAUACCUUUGGUCCGGCACCUGGAUCUUCACAUUCCGAUGGAACAAUGAGUAGGGAUGGCAAUAUUAGUGAUAGGGAUUCUUUGGAAGCGAUAGGAAAGCCCAAAGUCAAGCCACAAAGUGAAAUGAGGGUUUAUGGCCGUGGUGAGUACACUCAUGUCUCAAGUCUAGCAAAUGGGACUCUGAAGUCGAAGAAAGAUGAUCCUUUCCCUCAUGUGUUCUCCGUCUCUUCGUAUUCAUUACCUGACGUGCAAACAGGAGGGGUUCAAAACAUUGGUAAGUCGAAGAAGGAUAAGGAUAAUGGUAGGAAGGAGGGCAGUGGGAGUGGUGCAGAGGAUAGUCCGAAGAAUAGUCCGAAGAAUAGUCCGAAGGAAAAGAAAAAAGGCAGUGGGUUGAGAGGAUUAAGGGCAUUUGUAUAAAGUAUAAAGUCAUUGGGUUGAUUGAUCGAUUGGAUGGAUGGAGUGCAUAUGGGAAGGAAAGGGAAGGGGGUAUCAAAAAAAUGGUGGUUGGAUGGGAUAGGAAAGGGGAGUUGGAAAAACGUACAUAAAGUGCGGUUCCGGCCUUAUUUUUGUUUUUAUGGGUUGGUCGAAGAUGAUUUGAUUGCUUCAUCUGUUGACUGGAUUUGAAUUGAUUGACUGGAGGCGUUUGGUUUGGGCAUGGGAAUGGACAUGGGAUGGGUGGUUUGCAUUGAUGAAAAAGUUUGUAGAUG